CUUCCCUACUCCUUUAAGAGCACACAGUAGAGUGAGUGCAGGAGGUGGGGAGAAGAGAAUAGGAGGCAGGCGAGCUGUCUACAGCAGGGGAUUUGUAGGGCUUGUCCUGACGUCAGACCUGUCUUUUAAAAAAAGAGUGAGACAAAAGGACAUAAGUAGUAUUUUUUGUGGUGCAUCAGUUGGGAAUUGCCUGGUACCUCAUCGCUCCCCACCAGUGAUUCUGCAUCAAAGAGAACUCAGGCUGCCUUCAAUCAAUGUAUUUAACACUGGUUCCUAGUGAUGAGGCGGCUCCUACAUUGGAUUCUAGCAGCAAUCAGCAUUACUCAGGUCAUUUUACAAAACACCACCACAAUGCCACCUGCCCCUGCUGUCUCAGAAGAGUACACUAGGACACAGUACUGUAAGUGGCCCUGCGAGUGCCCCCGCGUCCGCCCCGUGUGCCCACCAGGGGUCAGCGUGGUCACGGACGGCUGCGACUGCUGCAAGACCUGCGCCAAGCAGCUGGGAGAGAACUGCACGGAAGCAGACACGUGUGACACACACAAAGGACUGUACUGUGACUACAGCUCGGACAUGCCUAGGUAUGAAGUAGGUGUCUGUGGACCAAUGACCGGAGUGGGCUGCCUUCUCAAUGGUGUGCGCUACAUCAAUGGGCAGAGUUUCCAGCCAAACUGCAAGUACAACUGCACCUGCCUGAAUGGGGACAUAGGCUGCAUCCCGCUCUGCAGAAACUCCCGGCCACCGCUGGUUUGGUGUCAGAGCCCCAAGCGUGUUAAAGUCCCAGGAAAAUGCUGCGAGCAGUGGAUAUGUGAUGAAUCAAAGAGAUUUCGGAAAGCGUCUCCACGCCACAUCGCUUCGCCAGCGUACGGCGGUGAGAGUGAGUCCUGGCACAAUAACUGCAUCAUUCAGACCACUCCCUGGAGCCCCUGUUCUAAGACCUGCGGCAUGGGAAUAUCUACACGGAUAUCCAAUGACAACAAGAAGUGCAAGCUCCUCAAGGAAAGUCGCCUGUGCAACACGAGACCCUGUGAGGUGGAUAUAACAAAGCACAUUCGGCCUGGCAAAAAAUGUCUGGCGGUUUACCGGGAAAAUGAACCAAAGAAUCUUACAAUAUCUGGCUGUGUGAGUAAGAAAGCCUACAGGCCCAAGUACUGCGGGGUGUGCACUGAUGACAGGUGCUGCACCCCUUACAAGUCAAAGACCAUCGAAGUCCAGUUCGACUGCCCUGACGGUAGCGGGGUCUCCUGGAACGUCAUGUGGAUCAACGCUUGCUUUUGUAACCUGAACUGCAAAAAGCCCAAUGACAUUUUUGCCGAUCUGGAAAGCUAUCACGAUUAUACCGAAGUCAUGAACUGACCAAUCAGGAUAAAGGAUCAGCAUGGGCAUGUAAAGAGAGAAUACAGGGUGGGAGGGGGGUGAUAUAAAUGCCAUUAUUACAUUUGGUGCUAUACCGUAAAAAGUGCCGUAAUAACGAGUCUCAGGGCCAGAUUUGACUUCAUAAUCCUAAAUUAUUACCAUUAUUUUCUAUAUUUACAGGAAUUACAGCACUUGUUGUCUAUGAGGAUAUUAGAAUGUAAAAAUUGUACAAUAUGCCUCUUUUUACUUUUAUAUCUUUUGAAGCCUAUAUGUAAUCACACUAUGCCACUUUUUGUCAGUGUUUUCCGUCAGAUGCCUCUUCAUUUCUUUAUUUGAAGAGUAAGUACCCGUGUCAUAGUUGCCAACUGACCCUAAUUUCCAGCGCCAGUGUCACAUUUUAAAGGCACUCUAAUCCUUUUUUAACAGUAUUUCCACUGUCCGCCUAAGUUAUACAUUAAGGCACAAAAGUAUAAAAUUUUCCAUGUUAUAGGACUUUAACAAGUUUCUAUGAUGGUGUUAAUAAGUUUGCCUGCAGAUUUCAUCGUUCAGUACAGGUGCCAUUGCUUCUCUUCUCUUGCACAUACAGUUGGGCAAAAAAGUAUUUGGACAGCCACCGAUAGUGCAAGUUGACCCACUUAAAAAGAUGAGAGAGGUCUGUAAUUUCCAUCAUAUGCCUUAGGGGACUCAGACGCUCGCAUUUGUAAAGCACGGUAUUUUCCACCGCCUCCCGCUAGCCCACCAUUCCCAUUAUGCCUUAGGGAACUCAGACGCUCAUGUACUGUACAUGUAUUUUAAAAGCACAGUGUAGGUCACCAUCUUUUUCCACCGCCUCCCGUUACGCCUACAGUAUUAACAUUACAGUCGUCACUGACCAAUUGCCAGAGCUGUAGAUCAAUCCGCCACAAUACUGUACGAUCGAAAGUACUGGAUUAGUGGAGCAUUAGCCACCCAGUGGUGGAGAUGUGUAAUGCAUGCUGAGUAUCUAGAAUCGCCUCAACGCGCCUGCCUGUGAUUAAACUCAGCUAUCGCCUUAGCGUGACUAAACGUCCGUCUUGGCGGAGAAUCGGUCAAGAUAAAGGUGGCAACAUCUGUAGGUACAUUUCAACUGUGAGAGACAGAAUCUGAAAAAAACAACACAGAAAAUCGCAUUGUAUGAUUUUUAAACAAUUUACUUGUAUAUUCUUGUGGAAAAUAAAUAUUUGGACACCUACCAAGCAGCAAGAUUUCUGGCUCUCACAGACCUGUCACUUCUUUAAGAAGCUCUUCUAUCCUCCACUCGUUACCUGUAUUAAUGGCACCUGUUUGAACUGGUUAUCUGUAUAAAAGACACCUGUCCACACCCUCAAACAGUCAGACUGCUACCUCUCCACCAUGGCCAAGACCAGAGACCUGUCUAAGGACACCAGGGACAAAAUUGUAGAGCUGCACAAGGCUGGGAUGAGCUACUCGACAAUAGGCAAGGAGCUUGGGGAGAAGAGAUCAACUGUUGGCGCAAUUAUUAAAAAAUGGAAGAAAUACAAGAUCACUGACAAUCUCCCUUGACCUGGGGCCCCAUGCAAGAUCUCACCUCGUGGGGUAUCAAUGAUCUUGAGAACAGUGAGGAAUCAGCCCAGAACUACACGGGGGGACCUGGUCAAUGACCUCAAGAGAGCUGGGACCACAGUCACAAAGGUUACCAUUAGUAACACACUCCGUUGUCAUGGAUUGAAAUCCUGCAGGGCCCGAAAGGUCCCCCUGCUUAAGCCAGCACAUGUCCAGGCUGAUCUAAAGUUUGCCAGUGACCAUCUGGAUGAUCCAGAGGAGGAUUUGUAAUGUGGUCAGAUGAGUGCAAAAUCAAACUUUUUGGUAUAAACUCCACUCACCGUGUUUGGAGGGAGAAGAAUGAUGAAUGACAUCCCAAGAACACCAUACCCAUUGUGAAGCAUGGGGGUGGAAACAUCAUGCUUUGGGGCUGCUUAUCUGCAAAGGGGACAGGACGACUAAUCCGUAUUAAGGAGAGGAUGAAUGUGGCCAUGUAUUGUGAGAUUUUGGGCAAAAAACUCCUUCCCUCAGUAAGAGCAUUGAAGAUGGAACAUGGCUGGGUCUUCCAGCAUGACAAUGACCCAAACACACCGCCCGGGCAACUAAGGACUAGGAGUGGCUCCGUAAGAAGUAUUUCAAGGUCCUGGAGUGGUCUAGCCAGUCUCCAGACCUCAACCCGAUAGAAAAUCUGUGGAGGGAGUUGAAAGUCCGUAUUGCCCGGCGACAGCCCCAAAACAUCACAGAUCUAGAGAAGAUCUGCAUGGAAGAGUGGGCCAAAAUACCUUCUACAGUGUGUGCAAACCUGGUCAAGAACUACAGGAAACAUUUGACCUCUGUAAUUGCCAACCGGGGUUAUAUUACAAAGUAUUGAGUUAAACUUUUUGAUUGUCCAAAUAUUUAUUUUCUGCAAGA